AGUUUCUGUAAAUCCCACAUGCUGUAGGCUACAGAAUGACUGCGGCUGCUCUCCCACUCCAGACUUCUCUCUGAGAGGCAGCCCUCUCUUUAUUUUGUCUUCUCCUUCCCCUCUUUUUCUCUGCCAGACGUCAGCAGGAGACACAGGGCUCUUAUUUGGCCUCUCUUGUGUGGGAAACUGAGGGAAACGACUCCUCUCGCUGUUUUUUCAACCUCUUCCUCCUGUCUGCUUUUGAACUCUCUCUCUCUGGAUGUGACGGACCAUGCCGGUGGUAGGAGUAGCCUCCAAGCUCAGACAACCCUCAGUGGGCUCCAAGCCGGUCCACAGCGCUCUCCCGAUCCCCAACCCGGGCAGAACCGCUGCCACACGGGGGUACAUGGCCAGGACCCCAGAGCUGAGGGGGUCAGAAUCCCCCCUGCUCUCCUCCUGUCAGCUGUCACUCAAGUCAGAGUACCAGGAGAGGAGGACACAGCAGAAACAACAGGGACGGAGCAAGGAGACAGAGGAGAGUAAGAUCUGCAAGAUUUAUACAGACUGGGCCAACCACUACCUGACCAAGUCUGGCUGCCCUCGACUCAUCAAGGACCUGACCAUAGACAUUGCUGACGGAGUUCUGCUGGCAGAAAUCAUCCAGAUCAUAGCUAAUGAGAAAGUGGAGGACAUCAAUGUCAGCCCCAGGAGUCAAUCACACAUGACCGAGAAUUUGGACGCCUGCCUCAGUUUCCUGGAUGCAAGAGGAGUGAAUGUACAAGGGCUCUCCUCAGAAGAGAUCCGGAAUGGGAAUCUAAAGACCAUCCUGGGACUGUUCUUCAUCCUGUCUCGCUACAAGCAGCAGCAGCAACAGCAGCAGCAGUACUACCAGUCCCUGGUAGAGCUUACACACCAGACCACCGGGGCGGCGCCGGCCAGCCCCCUCAAAACGCAACCAGAGAUGCAGUCCAGUCUCACUGCGCGGUAUGGUAGCCCCCCGGGUCACAGCGGAAUAGGAGCAACACCACAGAAGAAAAACACAAGGUUGCCAGGGCCGACCAGGGUGUCCGCUGCAGGCAGCGGGGCCCCCAAGGGCCAAGGAUCCUCCAACCUCAACAGGAGGAGUCAGAGCUUUAACAGCAUCGAUAAGAGCAAGCCUCUCCAGUAUGCUAGUGGCAAUGACAGAGAAUCGGCGAAGAGCAUCCCUCUGCCUGGCAGCAUGAACGGAGGUGCCCAAGUGCCCACCAGCCUCAGCGGGCAGCAGCUGGCCUCUGCCAUCCCCUCCCCCACCACCGGCAAGUCCUGGCGCAGCAAGUCCAUGAACAUGAAGCACAGUGCCACCUCCUCCAUGCUCUCGGUCUCCACCUCGCCCUCUCCCUCGCCCACCCCACCCCCCGCCUCCGACCGCCUACGGCCCCUGACUGAGGCGCCCAAGUCGGGCUCUGUCGCUGGCGCUUCCCAGAGAUCCAUGCUGGACAAGUUCCGGAUGAUCAACCCUCGCUCGACCUCGCGGACUUCGCCGUCGGUGGCCGAGAUGGCCUUGCAGGAGGAGGAUGACAUGUCGGAGUACGGCGAGGAAGGGCUAAGCAUAACGGAGCCAAUGUCGUCAAUGUGUACUAGCAGCAGCAACAGCACCAAGCAGCUGGCCAAGACUGCCUCGCCCCCCUCUCUGGCAGCAGCCAAUAAGGGCUGUGUGAAGGGCGCGUCGCCCUCCAGCGGCGGCAGCAAUAAGUCCCUGCCCCAGCCCAAAGACAAGGAGGAUAAGAGCAGGAGCAAAGGAGGCAAGGCCAGCACCCCUCCCAAAGAGGAACAACGGGAACCCAUGGUGGAUCCAUCCAAGAAGACCUCUAAAAUCGCCAGCCUCAUCCCCAAGGGAGGCAAGCCUUCAGCGGGCAAGAAGGACAGCGCCAUCCCCCCUGCCUCCAGUGGAAUCCCCAAGCCUGGGCUCAAGGCCCCCUCGGCUACGGGGAAGCCGGCCGGCGGUCAACCCCAGACCCAGGCCACCCAGGGUGGUAGUGGAGGGGGCAGGGAAGGGGACAAGGCCAAGGUGGUUAAAGGGGGCCAGGGGGGCUACUACAUGCAGCAGCGCUCCCUGGGGGGCCUGGAGGGCCGGCGGAGCAACAUGGUGUCUUCCACCAGCACCUCUGCCCUGUCCCAGCCCCCCGGGGCCAUGGGGGGGAACGGAGCGGUGCAGCUCCCCCAGCAGCAGCAGCACAACCACCCCAACACAGCCACCGUCGCCCCCUUCAUGUAUAGGACGUACUCCGAGAACGACUGUACCACGGUGGCCCCCACAGACCACUGCCUCAGCCCCACCAAGGGAGACCUGGUCUACAGCAAGACUGCCAAGCAGUGCCUGGAAGAAAUCUCAGGGGAAGACCCCGAGACGAGACGCAUGCGGACAGUGAAGAACAUUGCUGACCUACGGCAGAACCUGGAGGAGACCAUGUCCAGUCUGCGGGGGACGCAGAUCAGUCACAGCACUUUGGAGACGACCUUCGACAGCACAGUGACCACAGAGGUCAACGGGCGGAGCAUAACCAGUCGCUCCGCCCCCAUGACCUCCUGGCGCCUCGGCCAAUCAGCCCCAAGCCCCCGCCUACAAGCAGGUGACGCCCCUUCUAUGCCCAGUACCUACACCACAGUCCCACCACCUCGGACGGGUGCCAGCACAGGUGGCGCCACUGGGCGGUACGGUCACUCGGACUCCUCCCGGUUUGUGUACAGUGCCCCCCUGAGGCGAGCAGCGACGGCAGGGGCGAGAGGGGCCGAGCAGGGGGAGAAGGGAGGAGGGCCGGAGGGGAUGCUGGAGAUGGACAUGGCAGGGUACAUGAGCGACGGAGACAUCCUGGGGAAGAACGUCAGGACAGAUGACAUCACCAGUGGGUACCUUACAGACGGUGGUCUUCACCUAUACUCACGGAACGUCGGUCGUGCCCCUGACCUGAACACGGCGCUAGAGGUCACCCAGAGGGUGGUCAAGGAGGUGCACGGGGACGCAGACAGUUGGGAUGACAGCAGUUCAGUCAGCAGCGGUCUCAGUGACACUGUAGAUAACAUCAGCACAGACGAUCUGAACACGCCCACCUACCCUGCCAUCACAUCGUCACCACGCAAGAACAAGGCAGCCCAGGCGGACACACACCAGCAUGUGGAGCAGGAGGUCAGUAGCAGCUGGGCCGGAGCUGAAGAUCUGAAGAAGGUGGACGAGGAGCUGGAUGUCAGCAUGGAGCCCGGCUCAAAGUGGAAGCCUUCCUCCUCCUCUGCCUCCUCGCCAGCGGGGCAGUGCGGUGAGGAUCCCGGGCAGAAGACGGGCCUACCCAUGUCCCAGACUGGCUCCUGGAGGAGGGGUAUGACUGCCCAGGUGGGCAUCACGCCCCCCCGGACCAAAGGAACCAGCGCCACCCUAAAAACCCCUGGUAAAACUGAUGACGCCAAGGCCUCAGAGAAAUGCAAGGCCCCCUCCAAGACCGCUGGCAUCCAGCGCUCGCCCUCCGACGCCGGCAAGAGCAGUGGCGACGAGGGAAAGAAACCCCCCUCGGGCAUCGCCCGCCCCCCCACCACUGGGUCGUUCGGCUAUAAAAAGAUGGCCAGCCCCCCCUCCGGUGCCCUCAUCACGUCCAGCGGUGCCACCCUGGCCAGUGGCUCCGCCACCCUGGGGAAGGUGCCCAAGUCUUCGGCUAUCGGCAAGGGGACAGGGAUCAGCGGAGGCCGUAAGACCAGCCUGGAUGGCUCCCAGCCCCAGGACGAUGGGGUGCUGAUGGGCUGCGGAGGCUCCAAGGUGCCCCUCCAGUACCGCUCUCUGCCCCGGCCGGCCAAGUCCUCCAGCGGGGGUGUGGUGGGACGCAGCGGCCACCGCUCCAGUUCCAGCAGCAUCGAUUCCAAUGUCAGCUGCAAGUCGGCCGGAGGAACGGGGACCAAGCGAAGGGACGCUGGGAAGGUGGGCUCUGGGCGCUCCAGCCCCAUCCCCAUCACCAUCAACCAGACGGACAAGGAGAAAGUGGCCGUGUCAGACCAGGACCCAGCAGGUUUAUCCACCUCCCCCAAAUCCAGCCCCACCUCCACGGGCCAGUCUGGCCUCAGGCAACCAGGGUCCAAGUACCCGGACAUUGCCUCACCCACCUUCCGCAGGUUGUUUGGCACCAAAGCCAGCAGCAAGGCCAGUACCCCCGGCACACCCGACUCAGGCAAGUGCCCCUCUGCGUUGGGCAGCCCUCAUGGCACAUUGGCGCGCCAGGCCAGCCUGGACUCUCCCUCCUCGGGCACGGGGAGCCUGGGCAGCGCGGGCGGGCAGAGCGGGGCUAGCAGCCCACUUUAUGGCAAGGCCCCUGACCUGGGCACUGAUUCGCCUGCCUCCAGCCCGGCGUCAGGCCUCUCGUUGCCCUCCAACGCCCGCCCCUGGCCCACCAACCUCAGCAGCUCCUCGGCAUGCUCUGGCAGUAAGGACACACUGAGCUGUCAGAGCAUGACCAGUCUGCACACCAGCUCCGAGUCCAUUGACCUGCUGCUGGGGCACCACCACGGCCCCAAAGUCACCCGCACGGCCAGCGUCAAGUCCACGCUUUCUGAGGGCAUGCCUCUUGACAGAAACACACUCCCCAAAAAGGGACUGAGGUACCCUCCCUCGUCCAGACAGACGUCCCAUGAGGAGGGGAAGGAGUGGCUGCGUUCUCACUCCACUGGAGGGUUACAGGACACGGGGAGUCAGUCCCCUCUCUCCCCCCCUGGAGUUGCAUGCACAAGCACCGGAAAAUACCACUACUCCAACCUGCUGAGCCCCACCAACCUGUCACCCUACAACCUGCCAGGACCCAGCAGUAUGAGUCGCUCCAACAGCAUCCCUGCACAGGACUCCUUUGACCUGUAUGGAGAAGCCCACCUGGGGGGCAGCGCCACCUCUCUGGAGGACAGACCCCGGGGCAUGAGCCGCUCUGGCUCCUUCAGGGACAGCACCGAUGAAGUCCAUGGAUCCUCACUGUCGCUGGUCUCCAGCACCUCGUCCCUGUACUCUGCGGUUCUUUCCUUUCUGGCCAAGACAGAGGAAAAGGCACAUUCUGAGGGUCAAACAGGCCAAAAUACCACGCAAAUCAGGAAGCUGCGACGAGAGCUGGACGCCUCCCAGGAAAAGGUUGCGACCCUCACAUCUCAGCUGUCUGCCAAUGCUCACCUGGUGGCAGCCUUUGAGAAGAGCCUGGGGAACAUGACCUGUCGCCUAACGAGCCUCACCAUGACAGCUGAGCAAAAGGAGUCGGAGCUGGCUGAGCUGAGAGAGACUAUCGAGGCGCUGAAAGCCCAGAACACAGACGCCCAGACAGCCAUCCAAGUGGCCCUCAACGGCCCCGACCACCUACACAAAGACCUGCGGAUUAGGCGGCAACACUCGUCGGAGAGCAUGUCCAGCAUCAACAGUGCAGCCAGUCACUCAUCCCUGGGCAGCGCCAAAGACCUAGAGGACAAGAAGAAGAAGAAGAAGAGCUGGGGAAAAGAGAGAGGCAACAAGGUGGCUGAUUCCAUCCCAGCACAGUUGCGGAGCUCGUUCAAGCAGGCCUUCAGUAAGAAGAAGGGCAACAAGCCUCAGUCUCCCCACGACGACAUCGAAGAGAUGACAGACUCAUCACUGCCGUCCUCGCCCAAGCUACAGCAUGCUAACAGACAGGACAGCUUCCCAACACUACUCUCCUCAGCCUCUACCACAGAUAACAAGUGCGUUUGUGAUAGCAAGCCCCUCCCCAUUUGGAUGUCAAAGAGAAGGCUAAACGGUCAUGUGGUCUACAAGCACAGAUCUCGGCUGUGUGAGUGCACGGAGGCGGAGGCGGAGAUCAUCCUGCAGCUGAAGAACGAGCUGAGGGAGAAGGAACUGAAGCUGACAGACAUCCGCCUGGAGGCUCUUAGCUCCGCCCACCACCUGGACCAGAUCCGAGAGGCCAUGAACCGUAUGCAGAAUGAGAUCGAGCUGCUGAAAGCGGAAAAUGACCGGCUCAAGACGGGAGGCACCACGCCAGCCGCCACGCCAGCCAAGAUGGGCCGGCCGCCCUCUGAGACCUCCAGCACAUCCUCGUCCUCCUCGCGCCAAUCUCUGGGCCUGUCCCUCAACAACCUCAAUAUCACAGACACCAUCAUGUCAGAUGUUGUGUUUGACCACAGAUAUUCUAAUGAGAUAUGAGGGUGCAAAGAGGGGCGCAGUGUCCGCAUUGUGGUCACAAUCAACAGUGGCUCCAAUAAGACCAAGGGUAUGCAAAGCCAGGAGUACCUCAUUGGUUCCAUCGGCGUGAGCGGAAAGACCAAGUGGGAUGUGCUAGAUGGAGUAAUCAGACGAUUAUUCAAGGAGUACGUGUUCCGGGUGGACCCUCUGACCAGUCUGGGGCUGAACUCAGACAGUAUAGUCAGCUAUAGGAUGGGGGAUGUGGUGCGGGCCCACGCCUCUGAACUGCCUGAAAUGCUGCCCUGUGGCUACCUGGUGGGGGACAACAACGUCAUCAGCGUCAACCUCAAAGGUGUGAAGGAGAACAGCAUAGACAGCCUGGUAUUUGACACCCUCAUCCCCAAGCCCAUCGUCCAGAGAUACCUCAACCUGCUCAUGGAGCAUCGCCGCAUCAUCCUCUCUGGCCCCAGCGGCACCGGGAAGUCCUUCCUGGCCAGCAAGCUGGCAGAGUUCAUUGUCACCAAGUCUGGUCGAAAGGUCACGGAGAGCAACUUGGCUAGCUUCAACGUGGACCAGAAAUCCAGCAAGGACCUGCGUCAGUACCUAUCCAGCCUGGCAGAACAGUGCAACACUGAGGAGAGCGAGACGGAGCUGCCCACCGUGGUCAUACUGGACAACCUCCACCACAUCGGCUCACUCAGCGACAUCUUCAACGGAUUCCUCAACUACAAGUACCACAAAUGCCCGUAUGUGAUUGGAACCAUGAACCAGGGAGUGUCUUCCUCUCCCAACCUUGAGCUUCACCACAAUUUCAGGUGGGUGCUGUGUGCCAACCACACAGAGCCGGUCAAGGGUUUCCUGGGCCGAUUUCUGCGCAGGAAGCUGAUCGAGACGGAGAUCAACAGGAACAUGCGCAGCAAUGACCUCAUCAAGGUCAUCGACUGGAUUCCCAAGACGUGGCAGCACCUCAACGGCUUCCUGGAGGCCCACAGCUCCUCAGACGUCACCAUCGGUCCCAGGCUCUUCCUGUCCUGCCCCAUGGAUGCAGAUGGCUCGCGGGUGUGGUUCACUGACCUAUGGAACUACUCCCUGGUGCCUUACCUGCUGGAAGCCGUCAGAGAAGGGCUCCAGCUGUACGGCAAGAGGGCGGCGUGGGAGGACCCGUCCAAGUGGGUGAAGGACACCUACCCCUGGAGAUCUGUCUCCUUGCAGCAUGACAGCCAGGCCCUGCUCCAGUUACGGCCAGAGGACGUGGGCUAUGACGGCUACAGCUCCUCCAAAGAGGGCGCGUCCUCCAAACAGGUGUCACAGAGUGACACGGAAGGAGACCCACUGAUGAACAUGCUAAUGAGGCUGCAGGAGGCGGCCAACUACUCCAGCGCGCAGAGCUGCGACAGCGACAGCGCCAGUCACCAUGACGACCAGCUGGACUCGUCGCUGGAGUCGGCGCUCUAGACGAGAGCUCGGAGAGGAGACCUCAGAUGGAGUGACGGAGCGGAGCACUUUUCAGCGUGGCGUCAGCGAGACGUGGCGGCUCGAACACUUCCAGGCACCCCGCACAUAACACAGAGAGAUGUGGCGGCUCGAACACUUCCAGGCACCCCACACAUAACACAGAGAGAUGUGUGUAGUCAGGAGAUGUCUGUUAGUGGGGUCGUGAGGAGUAAGCCCUCUGACAAAAUGGAGUAGAUUUUUGUGUAUGGUGGUUGAGACACAGUCCUCCAUUUCUCCACUGGAUGUGGCAUCCCAAAAUGCAGGCUGCACGUACACAGUGAGAGACAAUUCUGUCUGUGUUUCUACACCAUACAACUGGAAUUGACAUUAUAGUUUUAUUUAUGUUGAUUCACAGUUGUUGUAUUAACUACGGAUGUUUACAAGGGCCAAAUUCUGGUGUUGUUUACUAAGGUGCUGAACAAAAAAAGGCACGUAUCCCUCCCGUCAAACCCUGACCUCAGACGAGCCACAUGGUGCUGGUCCCGUGCUUAAACCUGUCCCUAGUUUACAGGCAACUCCAAGACCCUCCGUACACCCCUCGCCAACAAGCACAAAAAGAGCACUGUGUGUCGUCCAACCAACUGCUACUGUGAAACAAUGGACAAGUGCCCGUGUUACCGUUUGAUAUACUGCCAAGGGCACUGCGACGUGCCCGUCCACAUCCACAGAGUCCUUUUAGGCUUUUCACACGAGCAGACCUGUUAUUCACUCUUUCCUUAAAAGAUGGACAGCACCAUACCAACAGAUGGGUGCUGAAGGGAGGGGUGGCUCCUUCAAUCCAAGGGCCAGGUCAAGAACAGUACAAGCCUGAUAUUGGUGCUUUCUCAAUGCAAAGCUCUGAGACAGGGGUGUAUUACUUCAGCCUGUGGCUCCCUGCUGACCAUCCUGAGUGGAUAGGAGAUUGACAGGAACACACACUUCCUGACACACAACCAUUCAAAUGAAGUGGUCCCGUAUCGUCUCAGUGGGUGCUUUAAUUUCAGUACAGUAAAGGAGAGUUUUAUAACUACUUUUAGGCCAAAAUAUCUCACAGAUCCUGUCAAAGUAUGUUGCCCAAAACCAUCCACUUUUGUUUCUGACAGUAAUAUUGUACAAGCAAAAUGGCUGUUAUACUGUAUUUGCAAGUGGAACUGACCAAUUGUAUAAAAGUUCAAAGGGUUGGGCAUUUUUUGAGUUGUUGCUUUUACCCAGUUGAGCUGGGUUCACUUGAACUGUCAUGAGCACAACCCCACCCUUUUGAUUUUAUAGCCUAAGGAGCAUGUUUUAAGCUUUCUAGGGGGGAGACUUUUCCUUUUACAUAACAGCGUGUGGUAGGGACAGAAGCCAUUUUGGAUUUUGAUUGUCCUUCCUCCAUUAAUGAGUGGGUUGGUUUUGCACAGUUAAAGUGGGGGUGUAAAUAAUAAAGUAUUGCACAGUGAAUCAGAGAUGCGUUCUUCCCUGUUGAUGUUAUAUUACGCUUUAACUCGCUGAGAAUUAUUGUACGUUGCAAAAAAAAUACAAAAUAGAAAUGCAAAAAAGCAACAAGCUGUCAGAAACAGGUGUAUGUCUUGUGGUGAUUGGCUGUCUUGCCUAUGCAGGAGACAUACGAUGUACACUAUGAUAUUAUUAUUUUAAACGCUGUAUAUUAAUGUUCACUAAAUCACUGAUUUGAGGAGCAAACCAUUCAAUUUAUCAAGAAAAGCAAAUCUGAUCAUUGUCACAGAUUUUCCUUUUGUGUAAUUCUCUGGAACUAGCAUUUGGUGACUCAUCCCCCUAUUCAACAGGCGAAAAUUCACAAAGCAUUACACUGUAACAUUUCUGAAUAUACUUUCAUUCAGUCUUGUAUUCGGUUUUAGUAGAAUCUGUUUUGUUGUUUUGUCAUCCCAUUGUGGAGGUACUAUUUUCCUGCUGUUGUGCUAUUUACAAUUCCAAUAACAGGUGCUACUGGUCAACUCAAUCUAUCAGAUUCCAUUUUCUGCAGAAAAUGUUGUCACAACCUCAGGACAAGCUCUUGGCUGUGACAAAUGUAUUUUUUUAUUUUGUUUUUGCACGCAUCCUUGUUGGUCUACCCCAUCAGCCUGCAUCUAAACAUAGAGCCUGACACACACACACACAGUCGGUAAGACAUAGCUCCCCUCCAACACAGCAGACAUCUAGUCACCCCUCCCUGCUCCCCUAGGACACAAUCAGUUGCCUAGUUAACCAGAUGUUUCACAACACAAUCAGUUGCCUAGUUAACCAGAUGUUUUCACAACACAAACAGUGUACCAUUAUGUCAUGGUGACACCAUACAAUCUCAAUGACAUCUUAGUUGAAAACAUUUACUGCUUUGAGAGAAGAGUUUCUUUUAUGUUGAAACAUUUGUCCUUAAAUGUUUUAUAUUUUGUACAUUUGUAUGUAACAUAUCGUGUAAAUAGACAGAGACAGCGAUUUAAAUCAUCUGGAGGGAUUUUGUAGUCUUUGUAAAGCCCUAAUAAAUGGUAUUUGGUGUCACAUGAGCAAA